AGUGUGGUAGCGCUGAAAGCUGAAAAUUGGCCUGGACAGGAAGGGGGUGAAAGUGUCCGGGACUGGAAAGGGGUGAAAGUGUCCGGACUGGAAGGGGGGGAAAGUGUCUGGGACUGGAAGGGGGGGGGGGGAGUGUCCGGACUGGAAGGGGGUGAAAGUGUCCGGACUGGAAGGGGGGGAAAGUGUCCCGGACUGGAAGGGGGGAAAGUGUCCGGACUGGAAGGGGGGGAAAGUGUCCAGACUGGAAGGGGGGGGCAAAGUGUCCGGACAGGAAGGGGGGGAAAGUGUCCGGACUGGAAGGGGGGGGGAAAGUGUCCGGACUGGAAGGGGGUGAAAGUGUCCGGACUGGAAGGGGGUGAAAGUGUCCGGACUGGAGGGGGUGAAAGUGUCCGGACUGGAAGGGGGGGAAAGUGUCCAGACUGGAAGGGGGGGGGGAGUGUCCGGACUGGAAGGGGAGAAAGUGUCCGGACUGGAAGGGGGUGAAAGUGUCCGGACUGGAAAGGGUGUGAAAGUGUCCGGACUGGAAGGGGGUGAAAGUGUCCGGAC